CGGAUGUCAGUGUUUUACCAGUGACCGGCCGGUACAGUGAUGCAGGUGGACAUUGGGCAGUUCUUUGCCGAGCAUGACAUCGUGCCGGUGCUGAUCGAUCGGGCACCGGACGCGUUUGCUAAGGUGGUGUACCGCGCGAAGAAGCUAGUGGACGCUGGUAAGGAGCUGACACCGGCCGAGGUGCGCGAGGAGCCGAAGGUUGAGUGGUAUGCCGAUCCGACGGCGCUCUACACGCUCGUCAUGAUUGAUCCGGACUCGCCGAGCCGUAUGGAACCGUGGAACCGUGAGUUUGCACACUGGCUCGUGGGAAACAUACCGGGACGGCACGUGCAGAACGGCGAGACGUUGUUCGAGUACAUUCCGGUAUUUCCUCGGUCGGGUGUCGGUUUCCAUCGGUACAUCUUUCUCGUAUUUCAACAGCAAUCGUGGAACGAUUACUCGGAAGCACCCCGUGCCUCAAAUAAAAACCGAACGCCAAGGAUACGGUUCAGUACCCGAGACUUUGCCCGCCGUUACAGCUUAGGCAGUCCGGUGGCGGGCAAUUUCUUCAUCGCGCAGUACGAUGACUUUGUGCCGGUCAUACUAUCCCGGUAUCCGGCCUCGGAUGAUUACUAAAAUUGUGUGUGUGUAUGUG